UGGGGAGUAACAUUUUCUCCUUGCUUCAAUGCCACAACUCUUCUAUUUUUGCACUCACUUUACACCACCUUUGUCCGUUUGACCAUAUUUGUGCUUCUCCAGUUUCUCUCCAUAUUUCUCUUUUUUUUAUUUAUACUAUACUAUACAAGCUUAAUCCUGUAAAAAUAUAGAUCAAUCCAUUGAAGUUGAGCUCUAGUAGUGGCUUUCAACAUUAUAUGCAUCAAGAAUAGAAACUAAAGCAUAUAACAGAGUGUGUGUGUGUGUUUUGUCAGCUGGGGUUUAUCAAGAUUCAGUGCUUGCCCCCAUUUUCACUGUGUGUGUAUGUUUUGUUUAGUGGGGUCUAUCAAGAUUCAAUAUUUUCCCCAUUUUCAUAGUCAACUAGGCUUUAUCAAGAUUCAAUAUUUUUUUCUAUUUUCACAGUGUGUGCAUUUGUGUGUGUUUUGUCAGCUGGGAUUUAUCAAGAUUCAAUCUUGUUGCUUCAUUCUAAUAGUGUGUGCAUUGUCAACUGGGGUUUAUCAAGAUACAAUUUUUUUCCCCAUUUCAUAGUGUGUGUGUGUGUUUUGUCAGGUGAGGUUUAUCAAGAUUCAAUCUUUUCCCCUUUUCAUAGGUGUGUUUUGUCAACUAGGCUUUAACAAGAUUCAAUCUUUCCCCCCUUUUCAUAGGUGUGUUUUGUCAUCUAGGGGCUUUAACAAGUUUCAAUCUUUUUUCCAUUUUCACAGUGUGUGCAUUUGUGUGUGCGUUUCAUCAACUGGGGUCUAUCAAUAUUUAAUCUUUUCCCCUUUUCAUAGUGUGUCUGUUUUGUCAACUGGUGCUUAUCAAGAUUCAGUUUUUUUUAACUUCAUUUUGACAGUAGGUGUGUGUUUUGUCAUCUGGGGUUUAUCAAGAUUCAAUUUUUCCCCAUUUUUGCUGUGAAAAUGGUAAUGGAAGGGAUUAAAGAAGAUAUAGGUGAUGGGAAUAUGCAAUGUAUGAAUCAUCCUUAUAAAAACAGUUCCCCAGGUGGGAUCUGUGCUUUUUGCCUUCAAGAAAAACUUGGAAAGUUGGUUUCUUCCUCUUUUUCUUUUUCCAUUUUCCCUUCUUCUUCUUCCUCCUCUAGUUCAAGAUCUGAUUCUGUAGCUACUUCUUCCACUACUACAACAACCCUACAAGUCCCAACAACUAUCAAAAACACCACUGAUUGUGUGAACUAUCAUCCUUAUGAAAACAAUAUUAGGAAAUCAAAAAUGCAUUUUUUGAAGAAGGGUAGUAAUAGUAAUGUUAAUGUUAAUAUGGCAAGUUCUGGUUCAGAUUCUGGCAUUGUUUUUAAGAGAAGUAAGUCAACUACAACCCCAAGAAAUCAUUUGCAUUUCUUGGAAGCUAAUGAAAGUGAAGAUUAUGGUCCUCACAGAAAAGGGUUCUGGUCUUUUCUUCAUUACUCAUCCUCAAAGCAUUAUUCUUCCACAGGAUCAUCUAUGAAUAGUUCUAAAACAUCAAGGGAGAAGAAGAAAGAAGAGGUUGUUGUAGUGGAAGAGAAUGAGAGUCCUAAUGAGACUUCAUUUAACAAUAAAGUAGCAAGAUCAAGAUCUGUUGGUUGUGGAAGUAGGAGUUUCUCAGGUGAUUUAUUUGAAAAAAUCUCGACAGGUUUUGGAGAUUGCACAUUAAGAAGAAUCGAGUCACAAAGAGAAAGCAAACCAAGAUUUUCAUCUGUUCAUCAUAAAGAAAGAGUCAACUGUGGUGGCAUAUUAUCAUACUUGGUUUCUUCUGAAGUAAAUAAUCUGAACGGAAAAUCCCAUCAUAUUGCUAAUGGAAGAAGCAAGAAUUGGGGAUGGGCAUUAGCAAGUCCAAUGAGAGCUUUUAGCAAAACAUCAUCAAGUGUGAAAAGAGAAGAUUCAAAUUCAAAUGAUAACAAGAAUGCUACUCCAAACUUGGAUGCAAUUCCUUCUCUGUUGACAGUUAGCAGCUAGAAAGAAACUUUUUUUAAUCUAAUUUAAGUGAAAGACGCUAACGUUUUGAGCAGGCGGGGAUUGGAGCUAUUGAUCCAGAAAGAAUGAGGCGUUGAAGCCGUAAGAUUGAUUUGAUUCCUCCAAGCUACUACUACUACUGAUACUACUACACAAAUUUGGAUUAUAAUCUUGUGUAGAAACUAUGUUUAUGUUUUGUCAACUAAUUUCUCUGAUUCAUCACUGUUUAUUAGAGCUCUUCCUUCUUUUUUUUUGGUCAUGUUGUAAGGUGGAUGUUGAUUUCUCAUAAUUAUCACUUUUGUAUCGCAAUGUAGAAUGAUGAUGAUUGAGUUGAAUUCAAAUCUUUUGUAGUUUUUGGGCAUAGAGAUGAUUAAAGAAUGAGUUCUCUUCUUUUUGUUUGAUCAAUUGUUUGUAAUGAUUUUCAAUAA